AUGUGGCGACGCCGGGCGUUCCCCGAGUGGAGGAGGUGUGUCCCUGUGUGGCCUGGGGUCCUGUGGUCGGGCCUGGGCAUGGGCCUGGAGCCAGGCCUGGGACCUGUGUUCCGGGAGGAUAGCAUCAUCUCUGGAUACCGCCACCCGCGCAGCUCGGCGCUGGACUGCGUCCUCAGCAGCUUCCAGCUGAACAACGAGACGGUCAACAUCUGGACCCACUUCCUGCCCACGUGGUACUUCCUGUGGCGGUUCUGCGGGCUGUGCUUCACGAUGAACUUCCUGUCCGACAGCUACACCUGGCCCCUGCUGGUGUACAUGCUGCUCAUCUGCGUCUACCCCUUCACCUCCUGCUGCGCGCACACCUUCAGCACCAUGUCGCCCGAGUCACGCCACAUCUGCUACUUCUUCGACUACGGAGCGCUCAGCCUCUACAGCCUGGGUUGCGCCAUGAGCUACGGGUAUUACGUCAUGCCCGACUGCCUGCUGAACAGCUGGCUGCAUCAACACUUCGUCCUCAUCGCCAUCGGCAACACGCUGUUCUGCACCGGCCUGUCCUGCUACUCCAGGUUCCUGGAGCUGCAGUUCCCCCAGUGGAGCAAGUUUCUGAGGACGGCGGCCUUCGUCCUCCCCUUCCUCUUCGACACGGCGCCUCUGUUCUACCGGAUCGUCCUCUGCUGCGGCGGCAGCUGCAGUGCGGGCGACGCCCUGUCCAGCCACUGUUACCACCUCCUCUUCGCCUUCCUCACCUGCUUCCUGUUCACCGCCCACCUCCCGGAGAGGCUGGCGCCGGGACGCUUCGACUACAUCGGCCACAGCCACCAGCUGUUCCACGUCAGCGCCGUGGUGGGCACCCACUUCCAGAUGGAGGGCGUGAUGGCCGACAUGACGUCGCGGCGUGCGCUGCUGCUCGCCCACGGGGCCACGCCCUCUUUCCUGGGCACCGUCGGCGUGCUGGUGGCCGGCCUGCUCCUCAACCUGGGCGUCAUCGGCAUCUUCAGCACGCCGCUGCUGUGGAACUCCCAGCCGCGCACGCCAAAGUGCAAAGAGCAGUGAGGCGUGUGUGUGUGUGAGUGAGUGUGAGUGUGUGUGAGUGAGUGUGUGUGUGUGUGUGUGUGAGUGUGUGUGUGUUGACUAUUAAAGCCACUAGUUUUAUCUUUCAGAGAAAAGGAUGUUGACGCAUUUGUCUUAACACGCCCACGCAUCGGUUCAUGUGUGUGUGUGUGCGUGUGUGUGUGUGUGUGUGUGUGUGUGUGUGUGUGUGUGUGUGUGUGUGUGUGUGUGUGUGUGUGUGUGUGUGUGUGUGUGUGUGUGUGUGUGUGUGUGUGUGUGUGUGUGUGUGUGUGUGUGUGUGUGUGUGUGCGCGCCGCCUCCCCAGGUUUCACACUCCUGUGUCUACCGUGUACAAAAAUGUCUGUUUGUUUUUUAAUGUAUUUUUUGAGGUUCCUCGAGGGGCAUUUUUGGGAACCAGGCUCUGGGUUGAAGGACCUGAUGUAGACCCAACGUAGACCCGACGUAGACCCGAUGUAGACCCGAUGUAGACCCGACGUAGACCCGAUGUAGACCCGAUGUAGACCCGACGUAGACCCGAUGUAGACCCGACGUAGACCCGACGUAGACCCGACGUAGACCCGACGUAGACCCGACGUAGACCCGACGUAGACCCGACGUAGACCCGAUGUAGACCCGACGUAGACCCGACGUAGACCUGAUGUAGACCCGAUGUAGACCCGAUGUAGGCCCGAUGUAAACCCGACGUAGACCCGACGUAGACCCGACGUAGACCCAACGUAGACCCAAUAUAGACCCAAUGUAGACCCGACGUAGACCUGAUGUAGACCCGACGUAGACCCGAUGUUUGCCGUGGAGCGCUACACCUUUAAAUCUAAAACUGGAAACUUCUAACGUUGCAGUUCGCAGGGAUCAUAUUUUGGAAUAACUCAUUUUUUGCUUUGUUUUCCUCCAUUUUUUCUUUCUAUGUGCUUCACGCCAGAAUCUCCUUCUUUUUUUUUGUCGUAAGUUCUGAUCGUUUAUCGUGGACAAAAGCACUUUAACUCAGCGGGUCGUCUCUCCUAAUCUUUUGUGUUUCCACUUUUCCGUCACUAAAGAGUUCUGAAUGGAGGGCGAGAAAAAGUACAUUUGGGUUUUAUUAAUAAGAGUAUUGUGGUGCAUAUAUAGAAUUACCAACCGUUCCUCAUACACUGUGUGCAUCUUCUCCCGUGAGACGGCCGUCUGGCUACAAUUAAUAAUAAUAUGUUUAUAGAAUUUUAUUAUAUUUAUCUUUUCUUUUUUUUCUUCAGUUGCAUAAAUUGGGAAGAAGAUGAAUGGGGUUUUUUCUUCUCUUUUUGGAGAUACAUGGAUGACGUAACAGUUGUUCUUCAGCCUGUUAUUUGGCCUUAGAACACGUGAAAACAAUAUAAAAAGUGCAGACAGAGUCCAAGAGUCAAUAAGUAAAAAUAAUAAACAAAUAAAAAAGAGCUGAAAUGAUUUAGUUCAGUGAAGUAAACCAUUUCAAUAUUUUUUUUUAUAUUUCAGUUCAACAAUUGCCAAACAUUUGCUUAAUUUGUUCCAGUUUAUUAUAUUAUAUUAUGAUCAAUUGAAUAAUAUUCAAUAAAAAACGGGUUCAAAUAAAAAAAAUUUUUACAUUUAAAUCUCUGCAGACACUCUUGACUUGAUGAGCUGCAUAACUUCUGCAUGUGUUGAUGACCUCGGCACUCGACCGUGUCAGUACGGUCCACACAGCCUCUGCCUCAGAAGCAUCGUCGACGCUUUUUAUUGAACGGAGACGUUUGUGUCAACAACACUCGUUUACUUUUGUACAAAGUCGGUUUUAAAAAGCACGUUUUGCAUAACAUGUUUACAACAUUGAACACGCAACCCACCAGAGGCCCGUGACUCACACACUCACACACACUAAGGUCUUUCAGUAGGGAGUUUAAUUAGAGUGGGAAACGUACGUGUUAUUAUGGGAUUGCGGCGUGCUGCAGGAGGAGGGAAGGUCGGACGCGGAAUGUGUAGAAUCACAAAGAGCACACACACACACACACACACACACACACAUUUGUCAGUUUCCGAUGUCUUCAAGGUGAGUGUGCGUCAGACCAAAACGGGGUUUCCACCGGCCCCUGCAAAACGUCCAUCGAUUCAAGACGUCGAUGGAUUCGUUAUUUUACGGCAUUCCACGCUUUAAGCCUGCCGGUUCUUGGAGUUGUGUCGUUACGUCAUCGUUACUGCAUCGUUACAUCAUCGUUACGUCAUCGUUACAUCAUUGUGACGUCAUCGUUAAGUCGUCAUCAUAAAGUCGUCAUCGUUACUGCAUCGUGACAUCGUGACUUCAUCGUUACGUCAUCGUUACUGCAUCGUGUCGUCAUCGUUACGUCGUCAUCGUUACUGCAUCGUGACGUCAUCAUCGUUACGUCGUCGGCGUGACAGCAUUGUGCCGUCAUUAUGACUUCAUUGUUACAUCGUCGUUACGUCAUCGUGACGACGAUGUCACUUCGGCGUCAUUACAUCGUCGUCAUCGUGACAUCAUCUUUACUGCAUCGUUAUGUCGGCGGCGUGACGUCAUCGUUACCGGUGACCCUGGUGGUUCUUUUGCUAUCGACCCAAAAUAGUUGGAAGCCUUUCAUUUCUGUUGUUGUUGUUGUUGUUGUUUUGCCUUCAUCUCAUUGAUUCUCAGCCUGACGGCUCCACGUCAAACGGGUCGAUGCCGAUGUCGCCUUUACCGAGUUUCUUUGUUGUUGUUCCAUUUAUUGUUGACCAAACUGUUGAUUCCAAGCGGAUCCUCCGCCCGGUGAGCGGCCGGCGGCCUCCUGGUUCACGCCUCGGUGGACAAGAAGAUUCAGGUUUAACUUAUCAAGACAAACGGUGCAAAAAAACUAAAAGUAUUGAAGGAAGUUUUAAAAAUGUGAAAUUGAGAGAAAAGACGAGAGAGGGGUGAAAUAUAUUUGAUGCAACAACAAUUCACAACGGGGUUUGAAUAAGAUUCAUUGGUGCCUUUAAAAAAUAAAAUCUAUAUUUUAUACAGAUUUUCUUUUUAUAUAAGACAACAAACUAAAUGUACACAUACGGAUGUGUUCUUUGCUGUGUAACUUGUGCUGCUUUGGUUCUACUAGACUUGUGUAAUAAAUUAAGACUUUUAUAAAUGUAA